CUCUCCAUUUUCUCUUAAAUCUCCUCUUUUUUUGUCACAUACAGAGAGAGUAGAUAUUUCUACAUAAAUCACAAUCUUCACCUUCUUCUUCUUUCUUCACAAAUUGCUAAUGUUUUGAGUCCAUUUUUCAUCUAUAAAUUCUCUCUAUUUAUUACACUUAUUAGGUAAUUAAUGGCUAUGGAAGGAGUUCAAUCUGACUAUAAUUCAUCUACUGAAGGUUUACAGGAACACUCUUCUUCGCCUCGCAGAUCUCAAUCUCCUCCUCCUUUGUCAGACCAUGAGGAAAACAAAAUAUCUAUUAAGUUCCUUCUAUCAAAUGCUGAGGCUGGUUCAAUAAUUGGAAAGGGCGGCUCGACAAUCAGUGACUUUCAGUCUCGUUCUGGGGCGAGAAUUCAGUUGUCACGCAACAAUGAAUUUUUCCCUGGUACCAUGGAUAGGAUUGUAAUGGUAUCUGGGCCAAUUGAUGAUGUACUCAAGGCAGUUGAUCUUAUUCUUAAUAAACUACUAGAUGAGAGUUAUGUUGAAGAUGGUGGUGAUGUUGGCCCGCGAUCAAAAGUUAGACUAGUUGUGCCCAACAGCUCUUGUGGUGGAAUUAUCGGGAAGGGAGGAUCUGUGAUAAAGUCAUUUAUUGAAGACUCUCGGGCUGGCAUAAAAAUAUUACCUCAAGAUGAAAACUUUCCAGGACUGCAUGAUAGGUUAGUAAUAGUGAUUGGAACUCUAGGGGAGCAGAUGCGGGCUAUUGAAUUGAUUCUAUAUAAGUUGGCCGAAGACACUCAUUAUGUACAGAACAUGAAUGCUCCAUUUCCUUAUGCAGCUUAUCUUGGAAUGAACUACGGACCACCAAAUGGAGUUGGAGGGAGAUAUCCAAAUAACAGAUAUCAGAACAAGAUGGAGCCUAAUUCUGAAGAUAGGAACAAUUCUGUCACUAUUGGUGUUGCUGAUGAGCGUAUUGGUUUGGUGCUUGGCCGGAAUGGAAGGAGUGUAAUGGAGAUAAGUCAGGUAAGUGGAGCUAGAAUAAAGAUAUCAGAUAGGGGCGAUUUCAUGUCUGGCACUUCUGACAGGAAGGUGACCAUUACUGGAUCUCAAAGAGCUAUCAGCAUAGCCGAGUCCAUGAUAUCUAAGAAAGUAGCAACAGUUACUGAGAGUUGAUGAGUUUGUGAUUUGCUGAUCCCCAUAUUGGCCAGAAGAGGAGAAGUUUCAACUAAAAGAGAAAAAACAGUGCAUGAAUUUUGUUUGAGUCUUUGAUCAUUUGAAGCAGAAAUUUGAGGUAAUAGAACUAUUGUAAUUGAUUCAAUUGACUGAAUAUAUGGUCAUUUUAUACAGUUGUAAUUUUUAAGUAGGUAAACAUUAAAUUGAGAAUUGUGAUUUUUAUUGGAUAAUGACAUUUAUUUUGUUCCUUUA